AUGCCAACAACCACCAUAGCUAUGUCAACCAUAGGGCGGUGCAUGACAAAACCUUGUCAACAUGGGACCUGUGAGAACCAAGAUGGCGGAUACAACUGCACCUGCCUACCUGGAUGGACUGGACAGAACUGCCAGCGUGACAUCGAUGAAUGUGCCAAGAUGCCGUGUCAGCAUGGACGCUGUGUGAACCAAGAUGGCGGAUACAACUGUGCCUGCUCACCGGGAUGGACUGGACAGAACUGUCAGCAAGCCAAACAAUGUCAGAGUGGGUGGCACAAAUACAACAGCCACUGCUACAAGUUCAUGACAGACGUAGCUGAUUGGUCCACAGCGAGCUCAGGAUGUAAACAACACGGCGCAUUUCUUGCCUCUAUCAAGGACGGUGGCGAGAACAACGUCAUUGCGGGUCUCAUCACGAAUGACAUCGACGAAUGUACUGAGAUGCCGUGUCAGCAUGGACACUGUGUGAACGAAGAUGGUGGAUACAACUGCGCCUGCGACCCUGGAUGGACUGGACAGAACUGUCAGCAAGACAUCGACGAAUGUACUGAGAUGCCGUGUCAGCAUGGACGCUGUGUGAACAAAGAUGGCGGAUACAACUGCGCCUGCGACCCUGGAUGGACUGGACAGAACUGUCAGCAAGACGUCAAUGAGUGCAGCGGAAAUCCCUGCCUACAUGGAGACUGUGUGAACAAAGAUGGUGGAUACAAAUGCACCUGUAAGCAAGGGUGGACUGGACAGAACUGUCAACAGGACAUAGAUGAGUGUUUCAGCAAACCAUGUCAACAUGGAAGCUGUGUGAACCAAGAUGGCGGCUACAACUGUACCUGCAAGCCUGGAUGGACUGGACAGAACUGUCAAGAUGCCCCACAAUGUCAGGAUGGGUGGCACAAAUACAACAACCACUGCUACAAGCGGAUGUCAGACAGAGUCGGUUGGUCCACAGCGAGCUCACGAUGUAAACAACACGGCGCAAUCCUUGCCUCUAUCAAGGACCGUGGCGAGAACGACUUCAUUUUGGAUCUCUUCUUGAAUGAAAUGACGGAAAGCGACGCAAAGCAGCCGGCAGAAAUUUUAGUGUUGGGGUCUGGGUUGACACGCGCCGCGCCCCCGCUACCACCGCCUCGCAACCUUGCGUCAGGAGAGCAGGUAACGGUGUCUGGGCCAGAACACAAUGAAGAGUCGUGUUCCGAUACUCCUAACACACCGGAGGGUACCGACGACCGCGGACAUGAGGACGCCGAGACACCUCGUGUUAGCUACAGAGCAUUGAAGUGGACAGGACCAUCAUUCAGUGCUGUUACCGACAGCGAGACAAUGCCAACAACCAUCAUAGCUGUGUCAACCUUAGACAUUGAUGAAUGUACUGAGAUGCCGUGUCAGCAUGGACGCUGUGUAAACCAAGAUGGCGGAUACAACUGUAUCUGCUCACCUCGAUGGACUGGACAGAACUGUCAGCAAGACGUCAAUGAGUGCAUCGGAAACCCCUGCCGAUAUGGAGACUGUCAGAACAAAGAUGGCGGAUACAGAUGCACCUGUAAGCAAGGGUGGACCGGGCAUGACUGUCAACAGGACAAAGAUGAGUGUUCCAACAACCCAUGUCAGCAUGGACGCUGUGUGAAUAAAGAUGGCGGCUACAACUGUACCUGCAAGCCUGGAUGGACUGGACAGACCUGCCAGCAGGACGUCAAUGAGUGCAGCGGAAACCCCUGCCUACAUGGAGACUGUGAGAACAAAGAUGGUGGAUACAAAUGCACCUGUAAGCAAGGGUGGACCGGGCAGAACUGUCAACAGGAUAUAGAUGAGUGUUCCAACAACCCAUGUCAGCAUGGACGCUGUGUGAAUAAAGAUGGCGGCUACAACUGUACCUGCAAGCCUGGAUGGACUGGACAGACCUGCCAGCAGGAUAUAGAUGAGUGUUCCAACAACCCAUGUAGGCAAGGACGCUGUGUAAACCAAGAUGGCGGAUACAACUGUACCUGCGAGCCUGGAUGGACUGGACAGAACUGUCAAGAUGCCCCGCGAUGUCAGAAUGGGUGGCACAAAUACAACAACCACUGCUACAAGCGGAUGUCAGACAGAGUCGGUUGGUCCACAGCGAGCUCACGAUGUAAACAACACGGCGCAAUGCUUGCCUCUAUCAAGGACCAUGGCGAGAACAACUUCAUUUUGGAUCUCUUCUUGAAUGGUGGGUAA